CGCUGGCUCCGGGAGAUCCGCUACAUGUACCGCUGGGUCUACCACAAGCUCAUCGUCGGGCUGGACGUGGAGUGGUGCCCCAGCUACAGCCCUGUGCGGAACCCCACGGCGCUCCUGCAGCUCUGCGUCGGCCACCGCUGCCUCAUCUUCCAGCUCCUCCACGCCGACUACAUCCCCGACGACCUGGAGGAUUUCCUCGACGAUCCCAGCUUCCGCUUCGUCGGCGUCGGCGUGCAGGAGGACGCCAAUCGCCUCGACAACGACCACCGCCUCCGGGUGGCCAACACCGUCGACCUGCGCGGCCUCGCGGCGGACGGGAUGCAAAUGCCCCGGCUCCGUCAAGCCGGGCUCAAGGGCAUCGCGAGCGCCGUCAUGGGGGUCAACAUCGAGAAGCCACGCAACGUGACUAUGGGGCCGUGGGACGCCUACGAGCUAUCGGACGAGCAGAUCGAGUACGCCUGCAUCGACGCCUUCGUCUCCUUCCAGGUCGGCCGGAAGCUGCUUACCGGCGACUACUCUAAUCCGUUCAGCAAAUCAAUUUAUUUUUUGUAG